CGUGGUUUCUAGAUUGUCUGUUUCGCCCGUUUCUGCUAAAUCGCAUUCGUGUGGAUUUGUAUAUGCCCGGUGUUCACGCGCCGACGGUACAACUGAUGAACGUGGUGCUCGUCAGAAGUUACAAACUGUACACCUUUGCUGCGUCGCCACAACGGAGAUGGGAGGGACUGCAGAAUGCCUCUUCCUGCCAGACUUGGAAACAUCGCCGGGACGGGACGUCAGCUUGUCCCGCAUGACCAGCCUACGGCACCUGUGCCUUCUGACGUGGAUGCUGGUCUCCAACAGCAUUGUGGUGUCGUUCGUGCGUCAGAUCAUCGCGCGCGCAGCUCAGCUGGAGUGCGUGCACAUUCACUGUGUACCUCCCGACGACCGCCGCGAGCAGCGGGUCUCGUGGUUACGAGGACGCCAACGCGAAGUCCGGUUCCAAGAAAGUCCCUGCUUCGCGUGUUGCUCGACGGCGACGUUCAUCGGACUCGUGAAGCCGGUCAACCGCGACUGCGAGAGUGUACUUGUGGAAUGACUUGUGGAAUGCGCGUGUUAUAAAAGGUUUCCCGAAUCGUCGCUUUCGGUUUUUGAGCAUUAAGGUUGUCGGAUGAUCCGGCAUGCGGUGUACGACGAUUCGGCACAUGCGAGCCGAACGAGCCAUCAGCCGCAGCUCUACCCACAUAGGACACCUCGGCAUGCA